AUGAGAGUGAGAAUUGAGGAGAAAGAAGCACGUUUUCAUGCGAUUUUCCGGGAACAUUAUCAUUUGUGGAAUCAUUUCAUUUACUCUGUGCAAAAAGUGAUCGAAUCUUUUAUCGAAAAAUCGAAACAAGAAGUAUAUAGAAGGGAACCAGAAAGGGAAAUAUUGAAUCGAAUCGGUGAAAAACUCGAGGAACGCUUAGAUGUGCUGUUGAAAUAUUUGGAGGAGAUUCUUCCAGAAAUGUUGAAUAAAAUUAGGAUUAAUCCAUCAAUAAUCAAGACUCAAGGAGAACAAUUUGAAAAGAUGGGCGUUUUAUCAAGAGCUUGUGAUAUGGAAAAGAAAGGUGAGAGCUUCAAGAUUGAGAUUCUCGACCAUUACAUGCUGGCUUACUCGAUGCCGGCAGUGAUCGUUGGAAAUGUCGAUAUCAAAUCAUUAUGGUUAUGCCAGGAGAAUUCUCUGUUCAUCGCCUACACAUCCAAAGAAACAAAUCCGAGUGAGGAAACGAAGAAAAAGGUUAUGGCCUUAAGAACAUUGCGAAUUUUUAGAGAGAAUGGUAGCAUUUCUUUUUUGGCUCGAAAACUUUUCAAAAGUGAUAUCGUUUUGUCGGAAUGGUUUGAAUUGUUAGAUGAACGAGUGAAUAUUCUUUCUGAAUACCUUCUUAAAACGAUUCCGAAAGCAUUAAAAGAGAUAAAUGUAUCAAUUGAAAGCAUUAAAGCCGAAGCUCGUGCUUUUGAAGAGUCUAAUAAGCACAUUCCGAAUUGCGAAAUGAUAGAAAUCGAUGAAUCUCUGAGAAUCGAGUGCUCGAAUGUGAUGAGUUUAGUGUUCAAUGUUGCGCUUGAGAUCUUCACUCGGCCAGAAAUCAACACAAUUUGGAUUUCGACUUUAAACGAUAAACUGUACGCUUUCACUGCAAAGAAAAAAGAGCUGAGUGAUGAAGAGAAAGAGAAACUUAUGGAAAUGUGGAAAGAAGCACUGAAAAGAGAGGGAAAAGAAGAGAAAAAAGUCGAGACUUUGACUGGGAUCUCUGAGAAGAAAGUGACAGAAGAAACGAAAAAACCAUCAGAGACAUCGGUGACAUCAAAAGUGGACACGAAAAUCACUGGAACAGCAAAAAAAGAAAUAUUGCCAAAAUAUUUGACUUCAUUGAAGAUUUCACGAAAAUCAAUAAUUGCGGAAGGUCGCCGACUUGAGCUGAAUGGAUUCAAAGAGGAAAAUGUUGAAAUUCAAACGUUUUUCGACUCUCAGAGAAUAGAGAAUGUUGAUUGGAAAUUUUUGAUUUUCCAUGCGCCUCUUUUAUUCUUUCCCGAUCGAAUUGUCAAUUCUAUUUGGAUCUCCAGCAUCGAGAAGUGUCUCUACACCUCACCGGACAAAAAAAUCAAUGAUGAAACAAAGAGAAAUAUUAUAUUGAUGUGGAACAGUUUGAGAUGCGAUGAGGUGUUGCAAUUUCCACAAGAAAACCAAAUAAACGCAGGGCUCAAACUGGUAUUUGAUGUACCGCCAGAACACAAAGCAUUUCUUGAUCGGAUUGUGACAAAAUUGAGCGAAAUCAUGAAAAUCUUUCAUGAGAAUUACUUCAUUUGGCAACGGUUUGAGGGUGAAUUGACGCAACAAAUUGUGAAAUUCGGGAGAAAUUUCCCAAAGAACACUAACGCUGAGAAGAUCGAAUGGCUUAAAGCUUUGGAGAAACGCUACGAUUUGCUCAUUAAUUAUUUGCGGUUGACUUUGCCACCGUAUUUGACCUCGAUUGGAAUGACACAAGAAGCGGUCAAAAGAGUGGAAUCAAAUCUACAACCGUUUUUGACCCUCAACCUAGACACUCCGAUACCAGAAUGGGAAGAAGUGAAUCUUUGCCGAAAAUUCGUUCUCGAUCCCGUUGAUCUAGUUACACCACUUUUUUCAAUCUCUUUGUUGAUUUUGGGGGAAGCGGAUAUCAAUUCGAUUUGGAUUGAUCACGAAACAAAAAUUCUUUACACUUCACCCAUCGAUGAUUUGAGUUUUGAGGGGAAAAAUGAGAUCAUGGAAAACUGGGAAAAAGAUAAAGAAAAGCUGGCAAUCAAUCUUUUACAAUUGCGAGAUGAGUUGGAAGAAGCUGAAAAGUCGAGAAGUUGCAGUGAAGAAGACGAGUUCAGCCUUGAAAUUGUCGACUUGAUCUGUCCAAUUUGCAUGCAACAAUAUGAAAUUAAAGAGAAAUAUCCGAUCACUUUUGUGCCUUGUGGACACGAGGCUUGUCAAAAAUGUUUCAUGAAAUUAGCUCAAGAGAAAGACUCUUGUCCAAAAUGUCAAUCUCUGAUUGCUUUGGGAAUUGUGUCGAUGGCGUUAAUUGGCACUCUCAAAGCUCUUCUCCGACAGAAAGCUGCAAAAGAACGAGAAAAUAGAAGCUCUUCUUUGGCGCAAAGUUGUGAGACUUCAACAGAAUCAUCCGAGCAACAAAAGGUAUCAGAAAAUGAAGCUGAAAAUGGAGAAGUGAAACUAAAAAAGCUUGAUCAGAGCAAACUCCGUUUAACCGGUUUACCCAAUGGAUGGACGGUAAAGAUCAUUUUGGAGAAGCUUUUCAAUAACGGGAAAACGAUCGAAAAAGAUGAUGGACGUUUGAUCAUUUCAACGAGGAAUAGUGGCCGAUUUCUUGAGUGUGUGGCUCACUUUGUGAGUGAGGAUGCUGGGAGAAACGCGUAUCUCUUUUGUGAGCGAGCUUUUGCAACCGGGGAUUUAUUCGAGGCGAAAGUCAACUUUUUGGAAGUGGAGACUGAUUCUGAUCAUGAAAUCGAAGAUGAACAAAAUGUGGCGAAGAACAAAAAGCCUUCCAGUUCUAAUAACUUCAUUGCAAAAGCUAAUCCGCCUGAUAAGAAACGUAUUUUCAUCAGUGGACUUCCAAAAGAUUUCACGGAAAGCGAUGUGAUUGAGAAAAUCGUUGGUGGCAGGGAUCGGUUGGGAAAUGAAGAGAAUAAAUCAAUCAUCCUGCGACCCACAUGUUUAGGCCAAAAUUGCAUUGUAUCGCUGAAGAAUGAAGCAAUCUCAAAAAAAUGCAUUUCAAACUGGAAUAGUCAAGCGUUGAAUGAUCGUCGAUUGAUUGUCGAGUAUUUGGGCCAAUGUGAUCGAGAUUUUUCGCAAAACUAUUCUCAAGAUAUUAAUGCGCCUACGAAAAAGAAAGGAAUGAAACGAAUCAUCCCACAUCCCUUCAAUGAAAUUCCGUUCAUUGUCGAUUUUGGGAAAAGUUAUCUAGCAAAAAAUGAGAGAUAUUGGGGAAACAUUUGCUUAGAAUUAAAGGCAAAUUUCCAACUCGGAUUCGUGUAUUUCACAAGCAAAACUAGCGCUAAAAAGGCAAAGGAUUGUUUAAUUGAAAAUACAGAAGAAUCACUGAGUGCCUCAAUUCUACAGAUUGAACUCAUCGAGAUUGGUUUUAUUGAGAAACAAAAUGAAAAUCAUGUGAGAACGAGUUUGAAAAAUGGUGAUUUACGGAAACGAGAGUUUGGAUUAGGGUUAAUCCCUCGGCGCUGGCCAGCUAAGCCUAAAAUGAGGGAACUCUUCAUCUCCGGGAUUCCGAUCUAUUUCUCUUUUCGAGGCAUCGUUUUCAACCUUCUUGGUGGUAGUGCAAGUUUUGACAACUACAAUGAAGACGUAAUUUUCAACAGAGUUCCGGGACCGGCACUGAACUGUCUGGCAGCAUUUCGCGAUGAGAAACAAGCUGAGAAGAUAAAAGCGGCAUUGAGCAAUCGAAUUCUCGAGGGAACACAUCGAAUUUUCGUCGAAACUUAUGGAGUAACAAGAAGAGACUUUGACAUAAAUUACGGAGAUUUUGUAGAAAUUGGUGUGGAA